GAGUGUGUGUGUGUGUGCUCUCCCUCUUCCCUUUUUACAGGCAAUCAGAUGAAGGCUGGAAAGAAAGGGAGAAAGACACAAAGCAAGUGCGGAACAUCUCCAUAAAGAGAAAGAAGGAAAGCAAGAUUUCUAAGCAAACCGGGAGAGCAGUUGUCAAUAUUUUAAAAUAAUUAAAUUUUAUUUUAAAAAAAAAAAAUAUAUAUAUAUAUAUAUAUCUAUAUAAUUUUUCCUGAAGAUUUUUUUUUUUUUUUUUAUCCAGAAGAUCUGAAUAUAUCCACACACGUUUUAUAUAUCUUGCUUUCGCACAUUGGUGUGAAAAGGCUUUUUCAAAGCAGGGAUCUGGGGGAUUGGGUAGCUGUUAGCAGGAGCUUUGCACAGACGGGUGAUUCAGUAUGUCUCUUGGAAGAAGCAGCAGCACUGCGACUGGCACAACGUCGGCAAAAGCUGGACUCUGGGUUGUGUUGUUGGGAACCCUGUUUGGAAGCAAUGCCAGUGCCUGCCCAGCACUCUGCACUUGCAGUGGCACCACUGUGGAUUGCCACGGACUAGGGAUCAAAGCCGUGCCCAGGAAUAUUCCAAGGAACACUGAGAGGCUGGAGCUGAAUGGAAACAACAUCACACGCAUCAACAAAAAUGACUUUUCUGGACUGAAAUACCUCAGAGUAUUACAGCUGAUGGAAAACCAGAUUGGAGUGAUCGAGCGCGGAGCAUUUGAUGACAUGAAGGAGCUAGAGAGGCUGCGCCUGAAUCGGAAUCAGCUCCACAUGUUCCCAGAGCUGCUGUUCCAGAAGAACGCGGCUCUCUCCCGACUUGACCUGAGCGAGAACUUUAUCCAGGCCAUCCCCAGGAAGGGGUUCCGAGGAGCCACUGAUAUCAAGAACCUGCAGCUGGACAAAAACCAGAUCACCUGCAUUGAGGAUGGAGCCUUCCGGGCGAUGAGAGGGCUGGAGGUCCUGACCCUGAACAACAAUAACAUCAGCAGCAUUCCCGUCUCCAGCUUCAACCACAUGCCCAAGCUCCGAACCUUCCGCCUACACUCCAACAGCCUACACUGUGACUGCCACCUGUCCUGGCUUUCUCAGUGGCUGAGGCAGAGACCCACCAUUGGGCUGUUUACCCAAUGUAGCGGCCCGACACAACUGCGUGGUCUCAAUGUGGCCGAGGUCCAGAAACACGAGUUUGCCUGCCCAGCACAUGCGCAGUCUCCACAUUCACAGCCCUGUAGCCUGCUGGCCGGAUCCUGUCCAGCCAUGUGCACCUGCAGCAACAACAUUGUGGACUGCAGAGGAAAGGGGCUGACUGCUAUCCCAGCCAACCUGCCCGACAGCAUGGCCGAAAUACGUCUGGAACAGAAUGGGAUUAAGUCAGUCCCACCAGGAGCCUUUUCCCCCUACAAGAAGCUGCGCAGAAUAGACCUGAGUAACAACCACAUCUCUGAGAUUGCACCCGAUGCCUUCCAAGGACUGCGCUCUCUCAACUCACUGGUCCUUUAUGGAAAUAAAAUCACAGACCUACCCAAAGGUGUUUUUGAUGGACUGUAUGCCUUGCAGCUAUUGCUGCUGAACGCUAAUAAGAUACACUGUGUCCGUGCUGAUGCCUUCCAGGACCUGCAGAACCUAUCCCUGCUCUCGCUCUACGACAACAAGAUCCAGACUCUGGCCAAGGGGACCUUCGCCGCACUGCGCGCUGUGCAGACUCUACACCUGGCGCAGAACCCAUUUAUCUGUGACUGUAAUCUGAAGUGGCUGGCAGACUACCUGCGCUCCAACCCCAUCGAGACGAGCGGAGCGCGCUGCGCCAGCCCCCGGCGCCUCGCCAACAAGCGCAUCGGCCAGAUCAAGAGCAAGAAGUUCCGCUGCUCUGCUAAAGAACAGUACUUCAUCCCAGGACUGCACCACAAUAACUGCACUGAGGACACACGGCUCAACAAUGAGUGUAACAGUGACACAGUGUGUCCACCAAAGUGCCGCUGUGAAGCCAACGUGGUGGACUGCUCCAACCUCCGCCUCACCAAGAUCCCUGAGCACAUCCCACAAUCCACUGCUGAGCUACGUCUGAACAACAAUGAGAUUGCAGCUCUGGAGGCGACAGGCAUCUUCAAGACUCUCUCACAGCUCAAGAAAAUUAACCUGAGUAACAACAAGAUCACAGAGAUCGAGGACGGAGCAUUUGAGGGCGCCAUCGCUGUUAACGAGCUGCACCUGACUGCCAACCAGAUGGACUCGGUGCGGAGCGGCAUGUUCCGUGGGCUGGAGGGGCUGCGCACACUGAUGCUGAGGAACAACCGCCUCAGCUGCGUCCACAACAGCAGCUUCACUGGGCUGCGCAACGUGCGUCUCCUCUCGCUCUACGACAACCAGCUCACCACCAUUACCCCUGGGGCUUUCGACACCCUGCAGUCUCUCUCCACACUGAACCUGCUGGCUAACCCCUUCAACUGUGACUGCCGGCUGGCCUGGCUUGGGGACUGGCUGAGGACCAGGAAGAUUGUGACUGGCAACCCGCGCUGCCAGCGCCCUGCCUUCCUCAAGGAGAUCCCCCUGCAGGACGUGGCCUUCCUGGAUUUUCGCUGCGAGGAGGGCCAGGAGGAGGCGAGCUGUGUGCCACGACCCCAGUGCCCCAGCGAGUGUACCUGCCUGGAGACGGUGGUGCGCUGCAGCAACAAGCACCUCAGAGCCCUGCCCAGGGGCAUCCCCAGGAAUGUGACCGAGCUGUAUUUGGAUGGAAACCAGUUCAGUAUUGUGCCAAAAGAGCUUUCUUCCUUUAAAUACCUUCAGCUUGUGGAUCUCAGUAACAACAAAAUCAGCUCACUGACGAACUCAUCCUUCACCAACAUGAGCCAGCUCACAACGCUGAUCCUGAGCUACAACUCCCUGCGCUGCAUCCCAGUCCUGGCAUUCAGGGGCCUGCGCUCCCUCCGUCUGCUGUCUCUCCAUGGCAACGAGGUGUCUGAGCUGCUGGAGGGGAUAUUCAGUGAUGUAGCAUCUCUCUCUCACCUGGCAAUCGGAGCAAACCCCCUGUACUGCGAUUGUCGCCUGCGCUGGCUGUCUGACUGGGUGAAGACUGGCUACAAAGAGCCAGGGAUCGCACGUUGCACAGGGCCGGCUGGCAUGGAGGGCAAACUGCUUCUCACCACGCCAGCCAAGAAGUUUGAGUGCCAGGGUCCGAUAGACCCUGCUGUCCUGGCCAAGUGCAGUCCCUGUACCUCGAACCCGUGCCACAACCAGGGCACCUGCCAGAGCGACCCCGUGGAGGUUUACAAGUGUACCUGCUCACCAGGAUUCAAGGGGAAGGACUGUGAGACAGCCCUAAACGCCUGCAUCAGCAACCCCUGCGCUAAUGAGGGAACCUGUCAGCCCAGCCCGGGGGAGAGCGGAGGAUACACCUGCACCUGUCCGCAGGGGUUCAAGGGUCCAGCCUGUGAGGUGAAUCUCGACGACUGUGAGGACAACGACUGUGAAACCGGAGCCACCUGUGUGGACGGAGUCAACAACUACACUUGCCUGUGCCCCCCUUAUCACACUGGUGACCUGUGUGAGGAGUUGGAAGAUGUCUGCUCUCCUGGAAGGAACCCGUGUCAGCAAGGCUCUAAGUGCGUGGUCACUGCCUCGGGACCCAAGUGUGAGUGUGCGCCUGGCUUCGUGGGUGACGACUGCAGUGUGAGCUAUGAUGACUGCGUGCAUCAUCGCUGUCAGAACAUGGCUAGAUGUAUCGAUGAGCUCAAUGGCUACACCUGUCUCUGUGCUGAGGGCUACAGCGGCCAGCUCUGUGAGUUUCCCUCACGCUCCCUCAUUCCCUCCUCUCCCUGUGAACUGGUUGAAUGUCAGAACAGCGCCCCCUGUGUAGAGCGGGGAGGGCGUGCGCUGUGCCAGUGUCUGCCAGGCUUCGGGGGGCCACGCUGUGAGAAGCUGGUGAGCGUUAACUUCGUGGACCGAGACUCUUAUCUGCAGCUGAGUGACCUGAAGAACUGGCCCCACGCUAACAUCACUCUGCAGGUCUCCACAGCAGAGGACAAUGGGAUCCUGCUCUAUAAUGGGGACAAUGACCACAUCGCUGUGGAGCUCUACCAGGGUCACGUCAGGGUCAGUUAUGACCCGGGCAGCCAGCCCAGCCACGCCAUCUACAGCACUGAAACCAUUAACGAUGGACAGUUCCACACAGUGGAGCUGGUGACCUUUGACCAGAUGGUGAACCUUUCGAUUGACGGAGGCGCCCCGAUGACCAUGGACAGUUUCGGAAAGCUACACCCCCUGAAUGGAGAGGCACCGCUAUACGUGGGGGGUAGGGGGCCUCUGCAGAUACCUCCUUCUACCACAGGAAUGCCGGUCGAUGUGAACGCUGCUGCCUUCCGGCUCUGGCAGAUCCAGAACGGCUCCAGCUUCCACGGCUGCAUCCAGAACCUGUACAUCAACAACGAGCUGCAGGACUUCACCAAGACCCAGAUGAAGCCGGGCGUGGUGCCAGGCUGUGAGCCCUGCCGCAAGAUCUACUGCCUUCACGGCAUCUGCCAGCCCGACGGUGCCACGGGACCCGUGUGCCACUGCCAGCCAGGCUGGAGCGGAGUGCACUGUGACCAGCCUGCCAGCAACCCCUGCCAGGGCAACAAGUGUGUCCAUGGCACCUGCGUGCCACUCGACAUGCUGUCCUAUCGCUGUGAGUGCAAGGAGGGAUACCGCGGUGCCCUGUGUAACCAACAGGUGGAGCUCUUUAACCCCUGCAAUAAACUGCAAUGUAAACACGGGGACUGCCAGAUCUCAGACGCAGGGGAGGCCUACUGUCACUGUGACAGCGGCUACAGUGGGGACCUCUGUGACACAGAGUCGGAAUGCCGAGGGGAGGCAGUGAGGGAUUACUACCAGGUGCAGCGCGGCUAUGCCAUCUGCCAGACCACACGCAUGGUGGCGUGGGUAGAGUGCAGCGGGGCGUGUGAGACGGGUGCCUGCUGCAGCAGCCAGCGCAUGAAGCGCAGGAAAUACACCUUUGAGUGCAGCGACGGGACCUCCUUCACAGAGGAAGUGGAGAAGACCAUCAAGUGCGGCUGCACGGGGUGCAUGUAGUGUAGCCUGAGGAGCCACACACAUAUACAUUAUAUAUAUAUAUAUAUAUAUAUAUAUAUAUAUAUAUAUAUAUAUAUAUAUAUAUAUAUAUAUAUACAUAUACAUACAGUGCCUUGCAAAAGUAUUCAGACCCCUGACCAAUUCUCUCAUAUUACUGAAUUACAACUGGUACAUUGAAAUUUCGUUCUGUUUGAUAUUUUAUUUUAAAACACUGAAACUCAAAAUCAAUUAUUGUAAGGUGACAUUGGUUUUAUGUUGGGAAAUAUUUUUAAGAAAAAAAAAAAAAACAUUUGUAAUUCAGUAAUAUGAGAGAAUGGGUCAGGGGUCUGAAUACUUUUGCAAGGCACUAUAUAUAUAUAUAUAUAUAUAUAUAUAUAUAUAUAUAUAUAUAUAUAUAUAUAAAAAUGGACAGCAAUGUUUGUAAAAUAGGGACAUUACCUCCCUUCCUGGGGAGUUUGAAACAAGAAAACUACACAAAAACACACACAAAAAAAAAACAGAAAAAAACAAAAAAAGCCAUUGCGUCUACAACAUUUUUAAAGAAUCAAGGGAAAUGCAAGUAUUGAUGUGUUUCAUUCAGAAAGACUGUCCUACUGUCACACAUACACAGUCUAUUCAUCUUACUCCUUUAGCCCAGAGUCAGAAACAUGGCUGCCCUACAGUGUAGGGGCUACAUUCAAAGCAUGACCAGCAGGAGUACUGAAGCACGAGCAGAAAAUCAACAAGUAUUUAACACAGAGCAAGGUGGAUCUAAGAGACAAGGAGUGUAGGUUAAAAUCAUAGAGUUCUCUCCAAGGAUUUACAUGCAAACAUACAUACACACAUACAGAGCUGAUGAGUUCUUGUAUCAAACUGCCCUUUAGGGGCUUCACAACAAAAAGACAGUCUCAGCAAACUCUGUGCAUUCCUGUCUGCAUUUUCCCAGGCUGGCUCUGGCCGGCUGUGCCACUGCCCAUGACAGAGAUGAGUGCUUCACUGAACGAGUCGCAUAGCAAGUGCAUUAUUUCAUUAAGCCAAGCCCUCUCCUCAAUCUGAGUGUAACUGGAUCUUUGCCUGCAGUAUUACUUGUGCAAACUAUUGCAUGUGUGGAAGAUUUUACAGAUGAAUAUGUAGAGCUUUUUUUUUUUUUCUAAAACAAAAAAAGGGUGCAGAAUAUUUGUUUUUAUGUUUUGUUUUUGGUUUAUUUUGUAUUAUUUUUGCUUAUGUUUUUUUUCUGAUGUAACCUAACUCCUUUUGUCCUCUCUUUAUACAAAAAUGCCUAACAGAUUCUAAUAUAUAUAUAUAUUUGUAUUUCAGUUUGGUAUAGUAUUUUUAUAUGUUGAGUAAAUCAGUGUUUUCUGGAAGCUUCUGUAGGAAACAGCAAUCUCACAUUGGAUUGGUUCCCUAGGUGUUUUCGUUCGUUCGUUUGUUUGUUUUCUCCACUCACUCGAACAAGCCGGUUUGUGUUUGGUAAGGUAGCCAAUGGUUGGCCUUGAUCUAGAGGAGGCAGUAUUGUUCUAGGAAAAACGUUUAAUAUUGUAUAUGUUGUCUUCCAUGUGAAUAUUACAUCGAAUUCAUUCAAA